AUGCCCUCCUUGGCACAAUGGGCUGGCACGCCAUCCAUCAAAGGCUCGAGUGAGAGCACACGCAUGGCGUUGCUCACAGCUUCGCUCAUCGGCCUACAGAUAACAUGGAACGUCGAAAUGACCUACUGCACCCCCUACCUCCUUGAGCUCGGCCUCACCAAAUCCCGCAUUUCCCUGGUCUGGGUCGCCGGUCCACUUUCAGGUCUGAUCAUGCAGCCUGUCGUCGGCGUGAUCGCCGACCGCUCGACCUCGCGCUAUGGUCGGAGACGCCCGUUCAUGGUUGGCUGCACCAUCCUUACAUCCCUGUUCCUGCUGCUGCUCGGCUGGACAAAAGAAGUGGUGGCCUUGUUUGCGAGCGAUAAGGAGACGAUCAAGAACGCGACGAUAGUGCUCGCCGUGUUCAGUAUCUACGGCAUUGACUUCGCAAUCAACGCUGUGCAGGGCAGCUGUAGAGGUUUGAUUGUAGACACGCUGCCAAUUCCGAAGCAGCAGGCUGGGAGCAGUUGGGCAAGUCGCAUGGUCGCUGUGGGGAGUUUGAUUGGAUAUGGUGCUGGGGCACUCAAACUUGAGGCUGUCUUCGGGACAUUGCUGGGCGAUACGCAGUUCAAGCAACUUACCGUUGUGGCGGCGUUCUGUUUGUGUCUGACCGUGGGGAUCACAAGUUGGGCAGUGACAGAGAGGGUGUUGAUUGGACGUGGUGGUGAGGAGAAGCUGAGUGCAUUCAAGGUUCUUACCGAUCUUGCAAAGUCGACGUUCGAUCUGCCUGCGAGCAUUAAAGCCAUCUGCCAUGUACAGUUCUGGGCAUGGAUAGGCUGGUUUCCGUUCCUCUUCUACAGCACGACUUGGGUAGGUGAGGUCUACCUCCGCUACGAUGCGCCCGCCUCUGUCAAGGCCUCAAACGACAUGACUGGACAGGUCGGUCGCAUCGGCUCGCUGGCGCUCAUUGGUUUUUCGAUCAUCACAUUUAUCAUGUCUGUGCUGCUUCCUUUCGUCGUCAAGAGCCCAGAAGGCGGAGAAGCUCCUUUUACCGCGCGGCCGCCUGCCAAAAUCGCCACUCUCGUAGAGAAGGCUGGACGAUUCAAGCCAAGCCUCCUCACGGCGUGGACAAUCAGUCAUGGCGUCUUCGCAGGCGCUAUGUGUCUGGCACCCUUUGUUCAGUCUUUGCGCAGCGCCACCCUCAUCAUCGGCAUAUGCGGCAUUUCCUGGGCAAUAAGCUGCUGGGCGCCCUUUGCCUUCCUCGGCGUAGAAAUAAACCGCCUCUCCUCAACACCGUCCUACGUCCCCCUCGGUCGCAACUCAAUCGAGCUCGAUACGCCUUCUACCCUGCACCUCGACCAACCGGACUCCGAGGCGCAGUCCACAGGCGAGGGCAGCGGCAAGUACCUCGGUAUCAUGAACGUAUACACGACGCUCCCGCAAUUCGUCGGAACGGGAAUCUCGUACGUCGUCUUCUCGCUGCUGGAGCCGGGGAAGAGUCCCGAGCUGAGUGACGCGCCGGAGGAAGAACAUCACAGCACCGAAGGCGUCAAUGCCAUCAGCGUCUGUCUCUUCAUUGGAGCAGUUUGCGCGGUUGUUGCUGCGUUCACAACUGUAAGGCUGGGCAAGAUUGCGAGGUAUUGA